AUGCCGAUAAUUGAUCGCUGUCCAAAACCUGGUUUAUAUUCAACUAAUUUAAGUGCCAUUGCUAAAUCAAACCAAGAAAGAAGAAUAAAUAUUGCUGAUGAUAAUAAAUUUAAUUCCCGAUCUGAUCGAAAUAUUCGAAAUGCUAUUGAUCCUUUAUUAUCUAAGAAUACAGAAAAGAUUAUUCAAGCUGCAAAAAGUGUAAAAAAGAUUGUUUAUAAUGAUGCUAAUCCAUCUUUGCCUCUUGUUUUUGAGCUCCUUCAACUUGAAAAUAAAUCAGUAAAUGUUGGAGAAGAUGGAAUGGAAUUUAUUGACGCUGAAGGCGAUGAUAUGUCUUGUUUUAGGAGCAAACUCGAUAUGAAAAAAGGUUUCAAACAAUUGUUCGUUCAAGAGCGAUUUCAUUCUAGGAUUCUGACUAAAUAUGAAUCAAGUGAUGAAGAUAUUAUGAAUACCGAUAAAACGUGGCCUGGCCAAGGGCGGUCAAACGAUAUAAUGGAGGUUCGAGAAAUGUCGAUGCCAUCAUUACCAACAAAGAGUGUAACAUUCAAAGAUGAGAUAAUGGAACGGCGAGGUCAAAGCGUGGUGCCCCAAUCGACUUAUUCUCCUCGGAUGCGAACGACUUAUAAAUUUAAUUACGAAGGAAAGGAUCAAAAAUUAGAAAGUUAUUCACAAGAAGACAACAUUCAAAAAGCAUCACAUAAUACAUUAGAUGAAGCAACUUUCGAUCUUUUGCACCUUUCUUCUUUGCCAGAUGCAACAAUUUCCUAUAAUAGCACCAGUCACAUACAACCUUUUGCUGAUUCUAUUCAAAAAUCAUCAUCAACAAAUUCAAUAAAUAAAGUGAUUCGAACCAAGAAAUAUCGGUUGGAACCUUCUAGGCAAGGCCCUCCAGUCAUUCGUACAGUUGUAGAGGGUGAUUUACAAACUGAAAAGAUUGUCGGAGCCGAAUUAACGUCAUUCGACCAAUGUGUAUAUGGCACAUGGAUAGUUAAAGAUGUUGUUACGAAUUAUAAAGUAAAAACUUACCUCGGCAAGCGAAUGUUGCUAUUAGAAGAUCAAGCAGUAAAUGGUAAGGAACAGAGAGAUGAAUUUACAAUGAGCCUCUAUGAGCAAGGAAUUCUAAAAUCCGAGCAAGACGUUAGGCUGCAGAUACCACAAUCAACGGAUAAAAUGGAAUAUCUAACUGAAAUAAGCCAACGCCUUCUGACAGAUUUGGCUUCACUUAAUAAUGAUGACCCAUUAAGUAUACCUGUAACUCGAGUAGAAGUUGAAGUCAUUGAAAACAUAACGAAAAUCCUCAAAACUUAUAUAAUUGGUGAAAAAGCUUGUUUAGCUGAGACUGAAUUGGACCAAGCAGCUAUUGAUGCAUCAGAUGAAUUUACUGCAGAAAAGUAUAAUUACGAAGAAAGAAAACUCACUGAUGUUCUUGAUAUACAGUUAGAAUCGUAUGGGAAAAGUUAUAGUGGUCAUGAUCAACUGAUUUUGAGGCAAAAAUAUGAAUCUGAAACUUCGUCAGAUAGCGUUCUACCUAAUUUAAUGCAAGUGGCUGAAUGUGGUCUGAGGCGUACUGAAGACUGUUCAUCAAAUGAAGUUUGCGUAGCGACGAGCAAUUCGUACGCAGGGCAAAUGUCGACUGUUUUUGAAAAUACAAAUACAAUGCAGCAACAUGCACAUAGUUCAUAUUACGAUAUGGAACAGCAAGGAAAAUAUUUCACUGAUAAAACAACGCUUAAAAAGAGGACAAUUUAUGAAUUAGAGGAUGAAUCGGAGACUAAAAUGGAUCGUAACGAAAUAUCAACAUUUUUAAAUUGUGAUUUGAAACGAUAUUACGAUUCGUCCUCGAAUCAAGUUGUUAUUGCUGUACCAUUAUCGAUGUUUAUUGACGCGAUUAUCAUGAAUCAAAAGCGUAUGAAAACAGGAACUGAAAUUAGUAACUAUAAUAUUAAGCAAGAAGGUCAACAUUUCGAAGGUGAAACAAUUUUUCGAAGAGCUAAACGAGUAGAGCUCAGCGAAUCAUCGGAUGAAGAAAUUAAUGUUCAAGUCAAUAAGAUCCAAGAACUGAGAGAAUUUAGAAAGGACACUGUUAGUUACGAAAUGAGUGUGCAAGGUCAAGAUUUCAAGGGUGAAACACUAAUAAAGAAGGGACGAGAUCUGAUAUCUUCGGAUUCUGAUUAUGCUAAUGACGAAGCACAAAAAAUUAUAACUUACGUGGAUCUAAAUAAAGCGAAUUCUCGUGGUGAAUUUGAGGUAAUUUUGGUGCUAUCGAACGAAACAUCCUUAUCUCCUGUAAUUUUUCAAGAGUCGAUUCAAUCCGAGACGACUAAUGCAAUAUUUUUCCUUCGAAAACAUCAUUCUACAGCACUAGCGGAUCGAUUAGUAACUAUCGCGAAUAAAUGGACUGAAUGUUUCAAUGGAAAAGAACUUAAUGAAGAAACAAUUAACGCCAUGGUUGCUAUGCGAAGUGUUGCCGAGAAUUCUCAACAAAAUAUUAUGAAAAAUUUAAGUAACCGAUUGCAAGAGAAAACGAGUGCAAGAUUUAUUGAAACCAUCGAAGAACAGUUAAUGAUUAUGUUUUGCUUGCAAAAAGAGAUAAAAGAAAAAGCGGAAAUAAUCGAGGAAAUUCUACGAGACCGAGCAAUUCUUAAAAUUAAUCAUUUCUUAAAUGCUGCUGAAGAUGAACAAAUUUUUGCAAAAAUUUUCAUAAAUUCGCCAAACACGAGCAAUAACUGUGAAAUGAUUCAAACAAUUCUUAAAAUAGCAAAUGAAUCGCGUACAAUGCAUUCAUGUCAGGAAAUGUGCUCAGAAAAUGCUUCCACAGUAAUAUAUUUACAAAACAGAGCAGCGACGAAUGAGAUAAUGUCGACGAGUUAUAAUCAUAUCGAUAAACGCCGAUCAUUUGGGCAUAAACUUUCUACGAAGGCCUCGUUGAUCGAAGAAUUCAAACAUGAUUUAUAUCUAAAAAAACGGCCACUGUAUGGCAACGAAUAUCUUCUCGAUUAUUGUGUAAGAGAGGCAAUGAUGAAACGACUCGAAUUAGUCACUUGUCCAUCUAUCGAAGUGGAGCGAACUUCCUAUUUCGCUUUAAAUAAAGGGGCUAAAAGUGCUGCAACGAAUACUCGAUUAAUUUCCAAAACAAAAGAAAGGAAUGAUGCAAAUUUGAAAGAAUAUAGCGAUAAAUCGGAAAAUAUAGCAAUAAUGAUGCGCAAUACAGGAAUAAUGCAAGAACAAGCUACCGGUGAAUGGUGUGAACCUGUUACAGGUAGGUCUCGACCUUCUACUAACUUUAUCACUGGUUUUAUUGAUUUGAGCACCAAUAACAUUAACAUAUAUAGGCACAUUUCCAAUUUCAAAACACUCUUACCCUUGCAUGGUACUGCUAUGCUUUCUUUACCUUCCCCAUCGCAAUAUAGCGUUUCAUUUGUUUGCUCUUCAGUGCCUAGACAUUUUUAUGAAAAGCCAUCUUCGUCCAUAAUCUUCAACGAAAAUUAUCACCGUUCGAAGGAUUUCAUUAUGCAUCGGAAAUCCAAUACAGAUUUAUCUGUUUGUGAUGACGCUAUACACAAUAUAGCUCAUACGUUUUAUUUCAACAAGCCAAAUAUAGGUUUCAGUACAAAAGUAUCCAUAAAUGAAAUAAACAAUGCAAUAAAAUAUUCAUAUUUAAAAGAAAGUGAGCGAUAUGCAAGAGAAAUAAAAACCAUCUUCGACAGAUCGAAUGAUUUCAUAAAGAUGAAAAAAACAGAUAGAUUUUAUAAAUCUGGUAGUAAAGUCCACGUAAUGCACACCUUACAAAUCGAUGAGGAAAUGCAUUCAGAUCAGCGAGGACUCAAGGAAUUCACAGAACUCAAAGAACUUGAUAAAUCCAAUGUUGAAAUUAUCAAAAAAGAUAAGGUGAUAGAAAUACCGAUAUUAACAAAUCAAGAAAUUCAAUAUGUUCAUCCAACAAAGCCUCGCAUCCAACAAAGUCUCCAACAAUCUUGUUUUGAUGCCUACCGUGAAGAUGCAACGCAGUUUUAUGGAGAGCAAGAAACAACCUCGAUGCAUCAGCAAACUGAUUCGCCUAUCAUUUCCCAUACUAAAAAUGGCGAUCAAAAAGCGAUAAUAACGGAAAAAACUAUUGAAAUAAAUGGUAUGAGCCUCGACAUGAAAAACAAUCAGCAACUAUACGUGGAGAAUGAAGGUGAACAAAUGAAAAUGAAAGAUUACAAAAGAGAUUGGGGCAUCGACAUAAGUGAAACUCGAGUAGCUAUGUUAAAUGCUGGAUUCGAUCUCGACACAACGUUAUUAUCAACGCCAACUGGAUCAUUUUUAUGGAAUCAAGAAGAAAAUAAGGUUGAAGAAGAUACAAGGAAAGAAAAUAGAGAAAUAUAUGACACUGGCUGUUACUCGUACUAUGAUUCUAGAAAUUCUUCAAAUUAUAGUCGAUGGCAUUCAAAUACUAUGGAAUUUUGUCAUCACUACCAUGGUCAAACAGUAAUUCCUAAUGAAUUCUAUCGCGAUACCAGCAAAGAUUUGUAUGAAUCAACAGCUACAUGGCUACAUGCAAAAACAAAUUCUGAAUUUGUGGAAAAUGUUGCAAAUGAAUUUUCACAUGGAAUCCAUGAUUAUGCUGGAAUAUCCUCAGUUGAAGCAUUCUCCAGAGAAAGUCAUCACAUGAUUAAACGACAAAAAAUUAUUGAAUCUAGUCUACUGAACCUAGAUUUAGACGAUAUUCAUUCAAGAUUCGUCCAUGAAGUUGAAAAAACGUCAGCGAAUAUGGAUCUUACAAUGCAAUUUCCGGUUCCCAAUCGAACUAUUGAAAAAAAUUUGUCGAAUGAUCAAUAUCAGAUUGCGACAUACUACGAUGAUGAGAUUACAUAUGACAAAAACGAUUUAGCGGGAUUAAAUGAAGUGUCCACUUCUGUAGUGCAAAAUAUUCGGCAGAAAGUGCGAAACGAAGAGGAAGAAUUAAGUUCUUUGGGGCAAUACAAAAUCGGCUUUUCGGAAAAUUGUGAGGCAAUGGCGUAUGAAGCAAGCGGGGCGAAGGCAAGCGUGAGUGAAUUGAAUGAUAUCGGUAUAGUGUCGACCGUUUCUAGUGAGCAGACUGCUCAAGAUGAACGAGCAUCAGUCUUUGCUGAUAAAAUUUCGAGAAUGUGGGAACAAAAUGCAGAAACAUAUUCAGAAACGGAAACGGAAAUAGAGUCAAGUGUGCAAGCAAAUUUGGAAUUAACUCUUGAGUCUCUGAAAUCAGUUAAGAUAACGGAAAAAACAAUCACUGCAUUUCCUAAGAUGGCAGAACAACUAAAUCUGCAAGGCACUAUUGAAAGCGAAACUGAUAAAAAUGCUAUAUUAGAAUCGAAAAUCAAAGAAGAAUCAGCAAUAGCUUUAGAAAAUGAAAAGAAAUACGCUAAAAUAAAUUUGUCAAUCAAAGAAUUCGGAAAUAAAGAUGAAACUUACGGAGCUCAUUGGAGUAAAAUAGAAAGAAAUGCUGAAAAUGAGAUGAGUUUUCAAAUUGCUAACAGAGAAAUGCAGAAUUUCUCGACAGUAGAAGCUGUAAAUUCAAAUAUAGGUCACGCAAUAAGUCUAAUGAAGAUUUCUCCGACAUGCGAGAUACCUAUAAUUAAUAAAUUGGUAGUAAAAGAAGCAGUUUUGCAGAAAUUCAGCGCCGAUAUAAAGAGAUUUGAAGCAAAAAUGGAAAAAGAUUCCAUCGAACUAUUUGCAAAUUUGGCAUUGGCGGAUAGCAAAAAAGAAGUUGUUGGUGCUAGUACUACUGAAUUUAGCGAUUCUUUCAUAGAGACAGCGGCCUGCUUCUCACUUAUCGAAAAUACUCAACCAUAUCAACGUGUAGAUAGAAUUAUGGAAGAAAAACGACGAGUUGAACAAAAACUUAUAACAUCACAUGCUUCCACAAAAUUUAUCGAACUGAGUAUAAAUCUUAUAGCAAAGCGUGAAUCGGUUAUUGCCAAGGACUGUCUUUUAAAAGAUAUCACUAAUGACAUGAUUGUGGCUUAUCUAAAAGCAGCCCAUGACGUUUCUACGGAUGGAUUUGUGGAUUUGAAAAAACCAAAUUGGAUUCAAGAUUCCGAAAAAAUAAUUCGAAGAGAUGCAGCCUUUGUAAUUAAUCCUAUGACUAUCAAGCAAUCAAGCGACGAACAACGAAGUUAUUCAUAUGGAUGGACAGCACUGAAUCGAGAUCUUUCUGCAGAAAAAGUCUACCCAGAUGUCCACCAUGCUUCUGAACUACUAAAGACUAAGACCAGUAUAUAUGAAAUCAUUGAACUGGCAGAAGAAAUGAAGCUUGAUGAGUGUUUAGCAGAUACUUUUAAAAUUUUAGCAUUAGAUCAUAGAGAUUUUAUAAAACGUAAGUGGGAAAUAAAUAGAACAGAAGUGAAAGAAGAGAUGAAAAAAAGAUUCAAAAGUGGUGACCAGUUUGAUUUUUGUGAAAUAUUUUUAGCAGAAAAACAAAAUACGAAAGCAAUAACUCAAAUUCGAGAAUAUUAUUCGAGUGAUUCUGAAUGUUUGGGUAGUUUUUCUCAACUAACAAGCGCUAAACGGGCUGCAGAAAAAAUCACUAAAAUAAUUCCAAUACCUUAUAUAUGGAAAGAAAUAUUUGUUACUGAAGCGAGUGGAGAAGAAUCAGCAGAAUCAGAAACAAGCUUCACGAAGCCUUACCAUGCAGAUGAGAGAAAUAUUAUUAAAAAACAAGCCAAUAACGAUUCGAUGAAUUUUCAUACAAAAGCAUCUUCUCACUACACAGCUUUACUUCAUAUGGAAUUAAGCAGUCUACAAAAUGAAGAUAAAAUCGAAAUAAUAGUAAAUGAUGUUCCUCGAGAAGAACUAAUGAGCCAUCCAAUUAAAGAAUAUGAAGCAAAACUACACUCAACCGAUGCUUCGUGGAUAACUAUUGAUAAUGAAUUGGAGACUGAGAAAGAAAUUCCAAUAAAUUUAUUGGAACGAGCAAUCAUCAAAACAAAAGCAUCCGAAGAAUUAUCACUGGAUGUCAAUAGUUUGAUCACUUGUGAUAAUGAGCAAUAUUCAAUCGAACGAGAAAUCCCAUUGGUUUCUCUAGCUAUUCAUGAUAAAUGUUUCCAUAUUGCCAGUGAAUAUCAUGAAAAUUUAUUACUGCGUGAAGAUUCAGUAGCUGAGCAGCUAGAGAUUAUUCUUAAAGAUAAAGUGCAAGAUAAUCAAAUCAAUCGAACAUUACUCGAAAUAACUGAAUCUAGUGUCGAUGCAGGAAUCUUACUUAUGCAGAGAUCAGCACAGAAAUUGCAAAUGAGUGCGAGUCAUACAAUUAAUCAGCCGAUCACUAUAUUCCAGUCAUUUCAAACUCUAUCUGCAACGAUGUUUAAUGAAGAAAUCAGUGCUGAAUUCACUGUGACUCGUCCGUCGUGCAAUAUAGAAGAUAAGAAAUCUGUGAAUAUGGCAGAAUCCGCCACUUUAAAAACAGAAUAUGCGAAGGAAAUAAAAGCUGACAGUAAUUUUGAAUUAGCAACAACAACAGAUCGCAAUGAUAUUGUGGAAAAUAUACAGAGAAUCGGAAAUAAAAUUAGAGCGAGCCAAGAAAUGAAGGAAUUCAAUUCAAGUGCCUUUGAAAUAUUGUCAAAUUGGACAAUUGUUUAUAGAGAUUUAGAGGCUGAAGUCAGAUUUCUUGAAGCUACGAAAGAUAGACAAUUAUUUGCGACAGAUUCUGCAGCCUUUGAAGAGAUCGCAUUGCAUGAAGUUUGGCAAUCAAGAGCGAUAAAUUUAUUUACAGAAAAGAUAUUUGCUAUCAAAAUGAAUGAAAACUGUAUUCGUUGGCUUAGCAUUACAGCUGAUUCUCUAAAGAUAAGCAUAGAAAAAUAUGAGCAACGUGAGAAGAUCUUCAAAAUAUUGGCUGAUAAAUUAAUUAACAAGAUUUCUAAUAAAUUCAAAGAAUGUGGAGAUGAAAAAUUAAAUGCUAUAGUGAAUUUACACAAGAUUACAUAUACAUCACCGCACAUUCAUGCGAUUCCAUCUAUUUGGCCAACUUAUCGAACAGUUUCAGUGGAACCAUUACGACUGCAAUAUGACUCUAUGGAAAAUGAUUUUACUAACAUCGAAAUAUCAUUGCAAAAGAAAGAACUCGAUGCAACAACUGAAUGCUUAAAGAUCGCUGCUAAUAGAUAUGAACCUUGCGAAUUUAGUAGCGAACAAUGUAGCGAAGAGAAAAUUAAAUUGAUUGUAAAUAUUGAGGGAAAAGAUAUCAGCAAUGAAAUAGUGGAGACCAAGUGGCCUGAAGUUAAUAAAGCCGAGCCAACUGGUCGAGAAGUCAAAGAAUUUGGUGACGAUGACACUUCUCUAAUUAUCCAGUUUACAUCAUCGAAUUCGGUUUUUGCAGAAACUUUAUUAAUAUUUAAUAUAGCUCGAGAAUGUCAACCACUUAUUUUAAAUACAUUCCGUACACUGGAAACAAAUCUCGACAUUCUAAGUGAACUAGGAAUUCCUUCGCAAACUGAGUACCUAUUUACUGUAAUUAUAGCAGCAAAUAAAGGCGAAAAUUUGCUAAUGCAGAUUUUCGAACCCAUCAAUCGCUAUCUUACCAUUGGAUAUCAAUUCUCGAAAGACUAUCAAACAUUAAACACAAUAUAUAAAAUAAGAGAAGCAAGAUUUGGCGGGGAUUAUCACUUAUCAGCGUCGUUUGUUAAAGAGGAAUAUCGAAAUAUCGAUUUAUUAUUCAGUAAAAGUAAUCAAAAUGAAAUGACAAAACAUCGUUUGAAACAACAAAUAAUUUUAUCAUUACCAAUAUUUCAUCAAAUGGCAUAUAAAUCAGCGGAAAUAUCCAUGGAAUUCAAUUCUAAUAAAUCGUCGGAUCACUCUUCUUUCGAAAUAACAAGGUUUUGUCCACGAUCAACGCAACCAGUAUUGCAUAAACUAAGAGAAAUGAACCACGUUUUAUAUACAGUAUAUGCUAGUUUUAAAAGAUACGACCAAUAUGAUCGAAUAAUUAAAACUGUUGAAGUAGCGAAUUACGGCGAAUCUGUAAGUCUUUGCACCGAAUGUGCUGAAGAAAUUGAUACCAGCGUAUCAUUUAAUUACAUAAAUAAUGAAAUAUUUUCUUCUGUGAAGAUCACUAUCUUAGCACCAAUAACCAACGUAUUAAAUCAUCGAACUAAAGCUUGUACUGAGGAAUCGGUAUCAUUAUGCAGAGAAUUAAUAGAAUAUGGUCCAAGGGAAGACAUAUGCCGAUCAUUCGUUGGUAAGAUUCGUGGAGAAGGUAUCGAAAAGAAGAUGAAAGAAUCCAAAGAUAUCAAGCAAAUAAGCUAUUUAGAAUAUUCGAAAAAACUAUCGUUUAAUGAAAUUGAACGAAUUAUUGAUGAAAUUAGAUUCGGAGGACACAUAAAACUAAAAACAGAUGCAUGUGAAUAUCAUGAACUAAAUGUUAUUCGUGAAUUAACAUCAAAUAGGCUUUUUAUCAAACAUUGCUCUCAAGUAAUCAAAGAAAAUCUCAGAAACAAACCGAUGAUUUUAUCAGCAAAAGCUUCUGAAAUCAAUGCAUGCACAUUGACAACAGAUCUGCAUUCUUCGCUUUGUGAUUCAAAGCAAAUCAGCAAAAUUUGUAUAGAAAAAAUUUAUGAAAAAUAUGCAAGUUCAAUAAAAGAAUCUGUUGAGAAUGAUGUGAUCGUUAAUAUUUUUUGUCAUAAAGAUUCUGAGAACUUGUUUUCAGAGAUUAUAUUCAAAAUUAGUCGGCAAGGUGGUAAUUACAGCUUUGGAACGCUUGCAACCAAAAAUGAACAGGAAUCCUCGGCAUAUCACCUUAACAAGUCUAGAAUAACCGUUCUUGGUGCGAAUCAAUCAAUUAUUAUUAAAAACAAGGAAGUACCAGUGUAUUUGCAAUCAGCAUAUUCCAAAGAAGAAUCAGUUAGUAUCAUGCAAGAACAAAAAUCACCAGCAAACUAUUGUGAAAGCUGUACCUUAGUUAAACGCUCAUCUAAUGAGCAAAAAUUAGAAUUCAGCGUUAACGAAACAACUGAUGUUAAAGAAAUUGUCUAUUCACAAUAUGCAGCAUUGGAAGCAAGCAAAUUAAUUGAAAGAAUUUUCUGCGAACCUAACUUUGGUGGUUCUUUGGUUCUGAAUACAGUUUGUUCUUCUGAUUUAUCAACGGAUAGCAAUAUUUCUCUCCAAUCUGAAAAACCAUCCACUGCAGCAGCAUAUUUAAUAAUUAAGGUAAUUCCUGUAGAGAAAAUCCAGUUGAAUUGUACCUCAUCAAUGUUAAAUGAAAUUACUACAACUAUCUCAUUUAAGCGAGGAUCUGAUUUGCAAGCAGUUGGUACUAUCUGGAAAUCUUCUAUAACUGCAUAUCUCAGUUAUGUAACAACUGAAACCAGCUUCUUCGACGAAUGCUUAAAUAUUUCUUGGCAUAAAGUUGAGCAAUCUGCAGCUCUUUCAGACACUAUCGAAGAAAAGCGCUUUGGCGGAUGCAUAUUGUUUGCAACGAACUAUGCUCAUCAAGAAGAAACAACGAUACCAUGCGCUUUGAUAGCUGCAUCAAGAGAACUUAAGCAAUGCGAAUUUGUAAUAGCAAUCGCCAAUUUAACGAUAAAUCCUACUUUAUCAACUAAAUAUGCUAUCGAAUCAAUACUUACUUAUUCAUCUAGCUUAAGCAAAGCUUCAGCUUUACAGCAAACGCUAUUAGAAGUCGAAACUGCAAAUAAGGGUGAGAGUGUUAAAAUAGAUAUUCAAGAAGCAACGCUCAUUAAUGAGACUACUAAUUUGCAAUAUGAGAAGCAUGCACAGUGCACUACUAAAACACAUAAUAUUGAUAUACCCCGUUUAGGCGGUUUUAUAUAUUUAUCGACUUUGGCAUCGCAAGAUAUCCAUGAAAAAAUCUACCUAAGUCUGGUUUCCUCCGUAAUCCGACAAGUUGCCGCUGCAGUUGUACUCGUAUGUGCCAAUAAGGGUGAACAAUCAACAUAUAGAUGUAUGGCAGCAUCUGAAGAAGGGACGUCGAUGAAUGCUUCUCUUCAAAAAACAGCCGGAUUUUAUAACUAUUCAACAAAACUGCGUUCAUCAUUGAAAGGCGAAUCUUCAACAUUCCAUACAAAAGAAUCACUUUUCUUGGAAGAAUUCAAUACAGUUCAUAUGAAACAAAAUGAAUUAACUGAGGAUGUUAGCAGAAUUCUUAAUGAAAAACGAUUUGGAGGUAUUGUUACAAUAAACACAAUGUCUGCUAAAGAUAUAUGUUUAACGAUCAUUCAAGAAUUUAUACGAAAAUGUGACUUUGGCGAAGUUUUUAAAACGAAAAAAGUGAGGAAUGAAAUCGAACCGGCGAAAAUGUAUUGUAAAGCCUCGUCAGAGAAUACAGUUUCUGCGAUGUACCAUUUCGAAAAUACGAAAUUGAAAAUUUUGCAAAAGGAAAUCAUUUUGCGCGAUUCAACUCGUACAUUGGUACCAAUAUUGAAUACUGCUGAAUCAAUAGAAUUAUAUAUAGCAAUAAACAUUUCGAUGAUGAAAAGUGUCGAACAGGAAAAUUGUGAAAAAAUCUUGAAAGAAGUUAGGUAUGGUGGUAUUAGUCGAUUAGAGUGUUCUGCUAUCAGUGAAGAGAUUAUAGAGCUCAGUUCAAUCGCGCUAGAAAGAAAGUCGACUGCUUUAUCAGUUAACUUUACGAAAGUUAUUACCAAUGAUUCUAAGCAAGAUAAGUCUAUAAAAGGAUCCACUGAGGAGUCAUUUAUGAUGGAUGCAAACAUGAUAUCGCCUUCUGAAAUACGAACAAUAUCUGCAUCAACAAUAUUGUACAUUCCAAGAACUGAAGAAGGAUUAAUGCACAGAACACGUGCAUCAUCACAAACAAUAUUUAAUUUCAAUAUAAGUUUCCAAAAGCAGGAUGCACAGGCAAAUUUCUCAUGGACAAUGCAUGAAGCACGAUGUGAAGCACCUGAACAUUUACAUACGCAAGCAAGUAGUUUGGCUGAAACGGACCUUAUUGAAUUUAAUGUUGAGCGACAAAUGAAUGGAUUGCUUGUAGAAACUAUAGUUGCACGAGCUGCUAGAGAAUUAACACCUAUAAUUUUAAAAACAGAUCAAGCGGCUGAAACUUUCGUGCGCAUUGAUGAAAUUAUUGCGAAUUCCUUGGAAUGGCAUGUAGGUGAAGUGGGCAUUAAGCGAUCGAUGAUCAACCAUGAAAGGGAGGAAAUAUUAUGUGCAGCACCGGUCCACGUGACACUUCGACAUGAAGACGAAUAUCGAGCUGAAACUAAGGAGGAAAAGUCCGACAAAAGAGUAAGUUUUGCUGCUGAAGUGAUGGAAAGGACAAUGACGAUGGAUAUGAGUAUGACAGUUGAAAGACGUGAGGCGCCAUCAAUUGUUAAAAAGCCAAUGAAAAAAGAAAAUAGGUCAAAACGAGGUGUUAUCAAAAUGAACGAAGCACCGACCUUCAUACCGAUUCGCCGUAACAGUUUGUUGCUGGCAAUGGAUCUAAGCAGUCCGCACAACAUUCCACAUUAUAAGACGUUACAAGAUGUUAUAAAAGGAAUCAAAAAGGCAGGUUUGGAAUAUUCAAAUCUAAUUUUUGGCAUCGAUUAUACGAGAUCGAAUUUUUACCAAGGAGAGAAGACAUUCGAUGGGCGAAAUUUGCAUUCACUUGAUUCUGAAGAAAUGAACCCAUAUCAACAAGUGAUCGACAUAGUUGGAAAGACGUUAUCAUCAUUUGAUGCUGAUGGUGUGAUACCCACCUAUGGAUUCGGUGAUGAAGAAACGCUUGAUCAAGGAAUAUUCAACCUUUAUAAUAGAAAUGACAUGGAUGCUGAAUGCAAUGGAUUCGAAGAGGUUUUAAAAAUUUAUAAUGAAAAAACGCCGUUCAUCAAAAUGUCAGGCCCGACAAAUUUUGUUCCUUUGAUCGAGAAGGCUGUGGAUAUUGUACGCGAGAAGCAAUCAUACCAUAUUCUCGUCAUAGUCGCUGAUGGACAAGUAACCAACGAAAAAAUUAAUCAAAAGGCCAUAGCGGCCGCAUCGCACUAUCCACUAUCAAUUAUUAUGGUUGGAGUUGGAGAUGGACCUUGGUCAAUGAUGACAAGAUUUGACGAAACGUUGCCCAAAAGGAUUUUUGAUAAUUUCCAUUUUGUUGAUUAUCACAAAGUGAUGUUCAACGCUCCUAAUCAAGAGGCAUCAUUUGCACUAAAUGCUUUAAUGGAAAUACCAGAUCAGUAUAAAGCAAUCAAGGAUCUGGGCUUAUUGAAACAUACAAAGCGUGGCUGA